AGUUUACAUAAUUUAAGUCAACCGUGAGAGUAAAUGUUGUGUUGCUCCUUUUAACAUACUAGAACUUUCUAUUUUAUCAUGUAAGUCUUUUAUUCACAUUUUUGACAAAUAGCUAUGCCUAUUGUUAUCCAACAUGGCAGAGAGUGGAGCAACUUGAAAAUGUUGUAGAUACUAUUGUCAAGAUUUCUAUGAGUGAAGUCCCCCAAGAAAACCAAAAUCAAGAUGACAAACACAAUGAACUUCCUAUGGUUAAGGGUGAGAAUUUUUUAAAAUCACCCGUGACUAGUGAGGUUCAUUCCGAAGCAAAUGGUGUUGCACCCGAUGCCAGUAAGGUCGUUGAGCCCGCAGAAGAAAGCCAACAGAAUGUCGAAGUAUCAAACAACAAGGAUGGUGACGAAGACAGAGGUGUGGUACGAGAAGAAAAAUGCAGCAUGGUUUCAUCAGUAGCCGUUGCCCCAGAAAUGAAGGCGGGAGAUAUAAUCGAUGCUUGUCAUAUAGAUGAUGCAGCGGGAGUGACUCAACUAUCUAAAGAGACAAGCAACGACCAUCAUGGCUCGUAUGAUUCCUCCACCACCGAAAAUGUUGCCCUUCCAAAGGAGAUAUUACUGGAAUCUAGUCUCGUGAGCAAAGAAACUGAGCCUCGUACACCUUGCAUCUCACAAAGUGAGAAGCUGAAUCUCCAAUCAGAGUCAACAGAUGACAAAUUUACAAAUGGAAAGCCAACAAAAGAGGAUUUGUCGUCUAAUCUCACAUUAUAUCCGGAGCCAAUAGAAAAUGAGAGAAGUGUUGAAUAUGAUUUCAACACAACUGCAGAGAAAGCAAGCCAUGAAGAUAUUUCACCUCAAGAAACGAUCACACCACUCGAUACUUCUAAUGGCGACAAGUUAGUGAGCAAGAGUGAGUUAAACACACCAUUCUCUAAAGAAGAAGAUACGGUCGCACAGAAAGGUGACAAGUCUGUGACAGCGUCAGAAGACCAUGGAGUUACCUCAAAGAAGACUUUGAGUGAGAGCCAUGGAGAUGUCGAAUGUCAGUCUCAAACCUUGGAAGAUGUUGCUACAGGUCUUAACGACUUAAAGCGUGUUGAGAAGUUUGAGGAGAGCUCACCUGUCCAAGUUGAAGAUGCACAGAUAGAACGUGAUGAUCAUUUUGAAGAAGAAAGUGAGAGGCUGCCAUUGACAGAAGUAUCAACAGAGGGGCCAGCUGAAAACGUUGCCCUAGAAGCCACGGAUAAUGUGAAAGACAGGGAAGACCUCAAAGAAGUUGAAGUUUCUGAGAAUGAGCAUAAGGGAGAUCUUGCAGAAUCUUUUCAUGCAUCCCCUGAAAAUAUUGAAGUGUCUGAUUUGAGCCAAGAAGACAGCGUAAAAGCUCCUCCAGAGGAGCAAAGCAGAAAUGUAAUUCCACAUGGAGACACAAUUAAGGCAAACAAAGCAACAAUAAAUGCAGAUGAUCGACAUGAAGAACGUCUUGAGGUUUUUCCAACAAUUAUUUUAAGUUCCCACGAAGGAGUAAUCAUGAAUGCGGUUCUACAAGAAGAUACGAAUGUCCAUACGUAUGGAAAAGUAGUUGAGGAGGUUGACAAUCACAAGGAAGUUCUUGAGAACACAGAUCAAACAUCAAAAGACGGCCUUGAUACUUUAGUUGAUCGACCAGUGGAAUUGGCCAAAAAUGAAGACGCAUCUGCCAAAGAAACCCAACGGAGUACUGAAGAAUCCAACAACACUGACAAAUAUGGCGAUAUAGAUGCGGUACCAGAGGUGUGCAAUGCGGAUUCGUCAGUUGCAAUCUCAGAAAUAAAAGUAAGAGAUACACUUGUUGAUCCUGACAUGGACGAUGCGAAGGUGGUGACUCGGAUAUCUAAAGACACAAGUAGCGAUCAUCAUGGCAUAAACGAUUCCUUCACUGAAGAUGUUGCGCUUACAGAUGAGAUUUUAAAGAAAACUGAGUCUCAUACGCCUUGCAUCUCUGAAGGUUCUGAAGAUAAGGAGUCAAAUAUCCAAGUGACAAUAACAGACAACAAAUCUGUGGAUGAGAAACCAAGAGAAGAGGAUAUUUCAUGUAAUCUCACAGAUGAAGUCUCUAAGGAAGGGGAAUCUGACCUCAAUAAGAUGAUCGCGGAACAGGAGGAACUGGAAAAUAAUAGAAGUGUUGAAAAUAUUACAUCUGGAGAAACAAUCAAAACACUUGAGACUUCUAAUAGUGACGAACUACGGAGCAAGAAUGAAGAAGAAACGAUCGUACAGAAAAGCAAUGAGCCUGCGACAACUUCAGUAGAUUAUGGAGUUCCCUCAGAUAAUACUUCGAGUGAGAGUCACGCAGACGUAGAAUGCCAGGAUAAAACCUUGGAAGAUGCUGCUACAAGUCAUAGUGACAUAAAGGUUACAGAAAAGUCUAAGGAGAUAUCAGUUACCCCAGUCGAAGACUCACAAAUAGAUCAUAAUGAGCAUUUGGAAGAGGAGGGGCUGCCAUUGACAGAAGCGUCAACAUGGGGCACCAAUGACAACGUCUCAAAAGACACAUGUGAAGCCAAAGAACAGGAUGAAGACCACGAAGAAGCAACAUUUUCUGAAAGCGAGCAAAGUACAAAAUGUACCUUGGUGACAGAAGAUGAACAAAGCACUAAUGCACACAGGUAUGGAAACAAAAUUAAGGCAGAGGAAGCAACAAUUGAUGCAGCUGAGGGACAGAAGAACGGUCGUGAGAAUCUGUCUACAACUGUUUUGACUGAGCAUUCCGAAGGAAACUCAUUGGUCGAACUGGAAGGUUCAGAAACUAAAAAGGAAGAUGACUCGGAAAAGGAAAGCAAUGAAACACCUUUGCCACUAGAAGUCAGUGACACAUCAACGUUUUUGGAUGAGGCUCGUGUUGAGGAUGGAGAGCCCAAGAAAGCUGAGUUUUGUGCUGAUGAGAUGGAUGCGGAAAGUAUGCCACCGAAGACAGAAUCUAUAAAAGAAGGAGAUGUGCAUGUAGAUUCUGAAGAUACAAAAGUACCUGAUUCAGUGGACAAAGUAUCAGAAGGUGGAACAGUUGAUGGAGAAGCAGAAAAGGAAGAAAAUGUUGAGAAUGUUCCAAUAAUUAUCCCAAAUGAGAAGACGGAAGAGAAUUUAUGCAUCCAUGUUGAUGGUCAAGAAACAGAAAAUGAACAACUAUCCUCGAUAAAUGAUUACCCAGCGAACGCCAGUAAUGAUGAGGUAAUUGUCAAGGACGAGGAACCAAGUGGAGAAGAAUUGUUUGGAAAGGACAAAAACACUGAGAGUGUUUUGCUGACAGAAGAAGUGCAGAGCAAAAAGGCUGUAGAAUCCUUACAUGCAGCACUUGAAGAUAAAAAAACAUCUGAUUUCGAUCAAUGCACAGAAGCAACUGGUAUCCUUGAGGAGCCUAACCCUGCUGAAAAUUCACAAGGAAUGCCCAGUGAUGAAACAAGAACUGAUGCAGCUAAUACCAAUGAGAAAACUCAGGAAUUACAGAAUGUCUCAUAUGAGGGUAGUGACAAGGGCUUGCUGAUCGAAGUGGCUGACUCAGAAAUGGCACAUGAUAUAAAUUUGGAAGAGGAACUGGAAACACUGUCACUAACUGAAACUUCAAAAGAUGAGGCCAGAGAUAACGAGUCAACAAAAACUAGCAACGAAUUUGCAAGCAAAGUUGAAUUGCCCAAUGAUGAGAAAAGUACAGACUGUACUACACCAAAGAAAGAGAGUUUGCAGUCUCAGGAUCAUAAUACACCUACUCCAAGUGCAGCCGGAGAAACAACUUGUUCACUUGAAGAGCAAAGCUUAGGGGAGAACUCCCAAACAAUUAUAAGCGAAAAACUAAUUGACGAAGGUGCAGCUGAAAAGCAUGAUCUCAUUCUAGAGAAUGUAGCCACAGAAACUCCACAUGAGCACAUUGAAGAGAAUGCAGUAACCCAAGUGGGUUACUCAGUGGGGAAACAUGAGGAAAGUAUGGAAGAGGACAAUCAAAAUUCAUCUUUGAUAGAAGCUCCAGCAGAGGAAACCAAUAUCAUGGAAUCAAAAAAUAUCGAUGAACCCAAAAAUUGGGGCGAAGAGUCAAUAAAACCUGAUUUGGAAAAUGGGGAGAAUACAGAAAGUAUAUAUGUGGAGGAAGAAACAGAUGUGGAGACGCCUAUUGACUCCUUGCAAGUCAAGCCUGAUGAUAUUAAACAACAUGAUUCAGUUUCAGAUAUAAACAAAUCCAUUGAGGAAACCUCAAAUUCAGAUCCACAAGAAAAUUCAACUAACAAGGUAGAGAGAAAAUCUGUUGAUGCGACUCAUGCAAAUGAGGGAAAUGUGGAGACAAAGGAUGUCGCGAAUGAUAUUCCAGACUGUGACAAGGAAGAUAGGAUACCAAUUGAAGAAGUUGGCUCACAAAAUCCAUUGAACGAAGCUUUAGCAGGCAAUGCCAAUGCUGACGAGUCAACAAAAAUUACUGAAGACUGGUUGAUCACGAAAGAAGAACCCCUCGAGUUAUUGCAAGUAGCAGAUCAGGAUAUUGAAACCCCUCCUUCAAGUCAAGACAGGGAAAUAGGUUCUCUAGAUGAGGAAAGCCCCACUACAAGAUUUGAAGCCAUCAUUGACGAUAACAAAGAGGAGAUGCCUAAUAAUAAAACAGGGGAAGAGGAUGAAACUCCUAAGGAUAAGGAUAUUGUAGAAAAUAUUUCGGAGUAUGGCAAGGAAGAUAACAUGCCAUUCGAAGAAGUUGUGUCACAGAAUCCACUGAAUGGAGCUUCGACUGAGAAUGCCAACAUUGAGGAGUUACCAAGAAUCAAUGAAUGCAGUUUAAUCAAGGAAGAAGCAUCCCUCGAGUCAUUGCAAGAGGCAGCUCAGGAGAUUGAGACUCCUAAAAUCACUGAAGGCAGUUUGAUCAGGGAAGAAGCAUCCCUUGAGUCCUUGCAAGAGGCAGCUCAGGAGAUUGAGACAACCCACUUGGGUCAAGAGAGAGAAAUAAGUUCUCCAAAUGAGCAAAGGCCUCUUGAAGGAAUCAAGGAUGAUAACACAGAGGAGAUAGCUGAUAGUGAAACUAGUCUGGAGGUUGAAACUAACCAUGAGCAGAAUAUUGCAAAUACUACUCCAAGUGAGGACAAAAAAGAGAGUAUGCAAGUCCAAGAAGAUUGCCCACAGCAGGAACAAAAUGAGAGUAAAAACAUACCUUCUUCGGGAUCUCCAGCAGUGUCCUGCACCGAAAGUAGUCCAGUCAAAGAAGAAGAAAGAGUGAAAAUUAAUCCACAAGGGACAUGUGAUGAAACACAUGAAAAUACUGUUGAUGCUGCUAAUAAAAUCAAUAACUAUGCAGCAACUCCAGAUGAGGACACUAAAGAAGAUUCACGAGACCAAGUAGAUGAUAUACUCCUGGAACAGGAAGAACAUUCAGAAAAGGAUAGUGAAAGCACAUCAUUAUCAGAUGCUCCAAAAGAUGAAAUCACAGAAAGCACGUUGGUUAAGGAAGUAGCAGAAGUUGAGGAUCCUAUUGACUCCUCUGAUGUAGUAACCGAGGAUAUCAAGGCAUUUGCUCCAUGUCAAGUCACAGAAAUAAGCUCCACUGUGGACCAAAUCAUAGAUACGGAAGAUAUCUCAAGUAACAAAAUAACAGAAAAGACAGUUGAUGCAACAAGCGGGGACACUCAAGAGACUCAGGAUAUUGCAAAAAGUGUUCCACGGGAAUAUGACUCACCAAAAGAGCAAAAUACUGAAGCUGUAUUGAUAAAGGAAGAUGUAUCCAUUGGGUUACCUCAGAUAGUAGGUGAUGAAACUAGUCCAGUCCACGAAGAAGAAAAAGUGGAAAUUCCUACUGAGGAGCUCAUCCUAACUGCUACUCCACAAGGGAUAUUUGAUAAAACACAAGAAAUAACUGUUGAUGCUACUAAUAACAACAAUGAUCUUGUAAUAAGAGUUCCAAAUGGAGACAAUGAGGAUGACUCACCAAUUGAAGUGGAUGGCUUACGAGAACCUUCUUCUAAAGAAGUUCCUGCAGAAAAGAUCAAUGAUGAUGAACCAACUACUAGCCAUGAGGUUGAAUUUGCAAAUGAAAAUACUGUAAAAGCCAACUUGAACGAAAAUGAGGAAAAACUAGAAUGUUCUCUGGUAAAGGAAGAAGCACAUAUUGAGUCUUUGCAGGUAGCAGAUAAGGAUGUUAAAGAUACUUCUUCAGGUCAAGAUAGAAAACCAAGCAAUUUAGAAGAGCAAGGCUCAACUGAAGAUUCUCAUGAAACCAUGGGUGAUGAAAGAUAUGCAAAGUCAUUUGAUUCAACUGAUCUGAAGCAAGAAACUCUUGCGGACGAGAACUAUGCAGCCACUACAGAUGCGGACACUAAUGAAGAUUCACGAAACCAUGUAGAUCACUUACUAAUGGAACAGGAAAAACAUUCAGUAAAGGAUAGUGUAAGCACAUCAGUAUCAGAUGCUCCAAAAGAUGACAUCAGAGGAAGCACAUUGGCUAAGGAAGUAGCAGAGAUUGAGGAUCCUAUUGACUCCUCUCAAGUAGCAACUGAGGAUAUCAAGGCAUUUGCUCCAAGUCAAGACACAAAAAUAAGUUCUACUGUGGAACAAAUCAUAGAUUCUAAAGAUAUCUCAAGUAACAAAAUAACAGAAAAGACAGUUGAUGCAACAGGCGAGGAAAGUCAAGAGGCUCAGGAUAUUGCAAAAAGGGUUCCAAGGGAAGAUGACUCACCAAAUGAGCAAAAUACUGAAGCUACGUUGAUGAAGGAAGAUCAGUCUAUUGAGUUACCUCGAAUAGUAGCUGAGGAUAUAAAAGAACCUUGCUCGAGUGAAAUUAGGGAAACAAAUGCUCAAGAAGAACAAAUUCCAUGUGCCAGUUCUGGAGUAGUCAUCAAUGACAACAAAGAGGAGACAACAAUUGAUCCAACAAUCUUUAAAAAUGAAACCCUUAAGAAUGAGGUAGCAGAAGUUUCUGAAGAAGCUGGAGAAAAGGCUUCAGAAGAGGUCGAAGAAAAGAUAUUUGCAAAUGAAGCAAUGGAGAGAAUCCUCCAAAGAAGAGCUGGAAACGAGCAUUGA